CGCCAUGCAACCGAGCACCGCCCCUUCACCGCCCCCGGGGGAGGUCAGGGCGGCGGUAGCGGAAGCUUCUUCCUCCCGGCGCCGCGUCCCGGCCCGUCCCGUCUUGGGUCCGCCGCUUGUGGCCCCCGCCGGCAGUAUGACAGCGCCAGCCGCCGCGCCCCGCAGGUGACACCCGCGGGCCCUUCCGCCUCGGCCACCUCAUAUAUGGGCCACUUGCUCUCGAAGGAGGCCAGCAGCCUGAGCCGGGACCGCCGCUGCCGCCGCGGGGGAAGCGUGCCGCCGCGCAGCCGGGGCUGCUUCCUGCGCGGACCCUGCAUGCUCUGCUUCAUCGUGCAUAGCGCCAGCCCGCCCGCCUCGGAGCAGCCCCUGCUUGCCGGAGACCCCCGCCUGCCAUCGCCGCCCUACGCGGCCCUCGCCACCGCGGAGCAGCGCGCCGCCUGCCGCUUCCUCCGCCUGUCGCCCGCCGCCUGGGAGCCGCGGGGCCGCUUCCAGCACCUCCUUCUCUCGGGCCUGCUCCCUUCGCCGGUGCGGGGCCUCCUGGGGGCGGCCAGACCAUCCGGCGAGGCCGCUUCGGAGAUGGUGUGCAAGCGCAAGGGGGCCGGGCUGCCCGCCUGCCCGCCCUGCAAGCAGCCGCGCUGCGCGGCCGCCGCCGCGGCGGAACCGGAGGCAGCUUGCCAGUGCCCCGCGGAGGCGCCGCUCUGCUCUCUGCCCGCAGCCGACGGCUGCGCGGCGAGCGGUGAGUCCGCACCGGCCCGGGGCAGCGCCGAGGACAGCGGCGGAGCGGAGCAGCCCGCCUCGCCGCCUUCCGCGUCUGAGGAGGAGGAGGCAACAGGGGAGAAGGAGAGGGGCGGAGAGGCGGGCUGCGAGGAGCCUCUGGAGCGCCCCGCUGACUGCUGCCGGGAGCCGCCGCCGGAUAUUAACCAGCUGCCGCCUUCCAUCCUCCUCAAGAUAUUUUCCAACUUAUCCCUGAAUGAGCGUUGCCUUUCAGCGUCACUAGUCUGUAGAUAUUGGCGUGAUCUCUGUUUAGAUUUUCAGUUUUGGAAGCAACUGGAUCUCAGUAGUCGUCAACAGGUCACUGAUGAGCUGUUGGAAAAGAUAGCAUCAAGAAGCCAGAAUAUUACUGAAAUCAAUAUUUCUGAUUGUCGCAAUAUAUCUGAUACAGGAGUAUGCAUAUUAGCGAUUAAGUGUCCUGGACUCCUAAGGUAUACUGCCUACAGGUGUAAACAGCUUUCUGACACCUCUAUUAUUGCAGUUGCCUCUCAGUGUCCUCUUCUUCAGAAAGUGCAUGUAGGCAAUCAAGACAGACUCACUGAUGAAGGCCUGAAGCAGCUAGGUUCAAAAUGCAGAGAAUUGAAAGACAUUCAUUUUGGGCAGUGUUACAAGAUCUCAGAUGAAGGAAUGAUCAUUAUAGCUAAAGGCUGUCUGAAAUUGCAAAGAAUAUACAUGCAAGAAAACAAAUUAGUGACAGAUCAGUCAGUGAAAGCUUUUGCUGAACAUUGUCCAGAGCUACAGUAUGUUGGUUUCAUGGGCUGCUCUGUAACAUCGAAAGGAGUCAUUCACCUCACCAACCUAAGAAAUCUUUCCAGCUUGGAUCUGCGUCAUAUCACAGAACUGGACAAUGAAACCGUGAUGGAAAUAGUAAAGAGAUGCAAAAACCUUAAUUCCCUCAAUCUGUGUCUGAACUGGAUCAUUAAUGACAGAUGUGUGGAGGUGAUUGCCAAAGAAGGCCGGAAUCUGAAAGAGCUGUAUUUAGUAUCCUGCAAGAUCACUGACUAUGCUCUUAUAGCCAUUGGGCGAUACAGCAUGACGAUAGAGACAGUGGAUGUUGGAUGGUGCAAAGAAAUCACAGACCAUGGAGCCACCCAAAUUGCACAAAGCAGCAAGUCUCUCAGAUAUUUAGGGCUGAUGAGAUGCGACCAGGUGAAUGAAGCCACAGUGGAGCAGCUAGUGCAGCAGUAUCCACAUAUAACCUUCAGUACUGUACUACAGGAUUGCAAGAGGACAUUGGAACGGGCUUAUCAAAUGGGCUGGACACCCAAUAUGUCUACUGCCUCAUAACUUCCUAUACCAUCAUGGCAGUUCCACUCUACUGCAUUCAGUAGAUCUAAUGGGGAUUGCAGAGGGUUCACAACCUUUUGUGUGAUGCAAUAUAAUCGUGAGUUUACAGAGAUUACAAUAAAAUGGAAAAAGCUGCACACUGAUUUUAAUGUACUGUAACUAAGUACUAAUAUUAAAGCAAGGCUUUUGAAGUGCA